AUGGACUUCACUAAGUACUUCUUGUUACUCAUUUCACUCUUUGUCGUUGGCAUUUCAAGAAUUGCAAAUGCAAGUGAUCCUGACAUACUUUCAGACUUCAUUCUCCUAGAAAAUCAAACAUCAGCAUGUGGAGACUUCUUCACUUAUACUGGCAUGCGCGGGAUCGUUCACAAAGUUCAAACAACCUUUGCUGUGACAAAAGCUAGUUUAGCAGAAUUCCCAGCUCUAAAUGGCCAAAGUGUGUCACUUGCCAUGUUACAAUUUCCUCCAGGUGCUGUUAACCCGCCUCACACACACCCUCGCGCAUCUGAACUCUUGUUCCUCGUAAAAGGUGUUUUAGAAGUUGGAUUUAUCGACACAAAGAACGUUUUGUAUAAACAGAAGCUCAGAGCCGGAGACAUGUUUAUUUUCCCUAAAGGACUAGUUCACUAUCAGUAUAACCGGAACCAUUAUAAACAAGCCGUGGCCAUCUCUGCAUUUGGUAGCGCGACUGUUGGCACUGUUUCAUUGCCAUUGUCUAUUUUUGGCACUGAUAUUAAUGAUAUCGUACUUUCCAAGUCGUUGAAAACCGAUGUUGGCACCAUUGAGAAGAUUAAAGCAGGAUUUCCCAAACCCUGA